CGAGCAGCGAAGGACUGCUGCUUUAUUUCAUGCGAACAGCGAACACGCACGGAUAAAUUUUUUUUUUAAAAAAAUGCGCAACUAUCCUGCGCGGACCUGAAUGUCGAGGAGUUCGGAGACGACCGGCGAGAGGGAGAAGGAAACAAAUUAAAUCAGCGGGAAUGCAGGGAAUUAAAUAGAGACUUAGGCAUUCUGUCUUGCUACAAGUGUGUCUGUGCGGCUCUGCAGCCCAACCUGGCAACACAUCACGAACUUCUCCUCAGGUUUACUUCAGCGGGCACGUCUGGAGUGGUGAUGUCUUGACUCGUGGCCUCUCCAGCCCAGUGAAGGACGUGUCAGUGCCGGGCUGCUGCUAAUGGGAACUCCUGCUCCGCCAUGAGUGCUCGAGAUGGCGUUGGUGGCAUGGGCACCCUGGGCCGGCGGCAGCGUUUCGAGAACUCAGAGUUCACCGUGCGCAUCUACCCGGGCGCCCUGGCCGAGGGCACCAUCUACUGCCCAAUCAGUGCCCGAAAGACCACCACAGCCGCUGAGGCCAUCGAACGUGUCAUCGAACGCCUGCACCUGGACCGCACCAGGUGUUAUGUUCUGGCUGAGGUGAAGGAGUUUGGUGGGGAAGAAUGGAUUCUGAACCCCUGCGACUGCCCCGUGCAGAGGAUGAUGCUCUGGCCACGCGUGGCCCUAGAGCACCGCGCGUUGUCUGGUGCCGAGGAUUACCGCUUCCUCCUGAGGCAGAAGAACCUGGACGGCUCAAUCCACUAUGGAGGCAGCCUCCAGAUGUGGCUGCAGGUGACGGAGGAGCGCAGGCGCAUGCAGGAGCGCGGACUGCUGCCACAGCCUGAUUCGCAGGGGGACCAUGCAGAUCUGUGCCACCUGCCGGAGCUCAACGAGCGCUCGCUGCUGGACAACCUGCGCUCGCGCUUCCGCCAGGAAAAGAUCUACACUUAUGUUGGGAGCAUCCUCAUCGUUAUUAAUCCCUUCAAGUUCCUGCCCAUCUACAACCCCAAGUAUGUGAAGAUGUAUGAUAAUCAUACACUGGGAGAUUUGGAGCCACAUAUUUACGCUGUGGCGGAUGUGGCGUACCACGCCAUGCUGCAGAGGGAGAGCAAUCAGUGCAUCGUUAUAUCUGGGGAGAGCGGCUCUGGGAAGACGCAAAGCACAAACUUUCUCAUUCAUCAUCUGACGGCUCUCAGCCAGAAGGGAUUCGCCAGCGGAGUGGAGCAGAUUAUCUUGGGGGCGGGGCCAGUACUAGAGGCAUUUGGGAACGCGAAGACGGCCCACAACAACAACUCCAGUCGCUUUGGCAAAUUCAUCCAGGUGAACUACCAAGAGAGCGGCACUGUGAGAGGAGCGUAUGUUGAGAAAUAUCUCCUGGAGAAGUCAAGGCUGGUCUAUCAGGAGCACAAUGAGCGGAACUACCAUGUGUUUUACUACCUGCUGGCAGGAGCGAGUGAAGAAGAGAGGAAAGCCUUUCACCUCAAGAAGCCUGAAGAAUAUCAUUACCUCAGUCAGAUGACAAAGUCGACCCGACAGCUGCACUGGGACAGUUACUGUGACAGUGAACCGGACUGCUUCACGGUGGAGGGAGAAGACCUGAAACAUGACUUCGAGAGGCUUCAGCUGGCCAUGGAGAUGGUGGGCUUUCUUCCUGCAACGCGCAGACAGAUCUUCUCCCUGCUGUCGGCCAUCCUUCACCUUGGCAACAUCCGCUACAAGAGGAAAACCUACAGGGACGACUCCAUCGACAUCUGUAACCCAGAGGAGCUGCCCGUCGUCUCGGAGCUGCUGGAGGUCAAAGAAGAGAUGCUGUUUGAAGCCCUGACAACACGCAAGACGGUGACUGUCGGGGAGAAGCUGAUUGUUCCUUACAAACUGUCUGAGGCUAAUACGGUGCGAGACUCCAUGGCCAAGUCCCUGUACAGCGCUCUGUUUGACUGGAUCGUCUUCAGGAUCAACCACGCUCUGCUCAACGUCAAGGACCUGGUGGAGACCACUAAGAUCUUGUCCAUCGGAGUCCUCGACAUCUUUGGUUUUGAGGAUUACGAGAACAACAGCUUCGAACAGUUUUGCAUCAACUUUGCCAACGAGCGUCUGCAGCACUACUUCAACCAGCACAUUUUCAAGCUUGAACAAGAGGAGUACAGGUCAGAGGGCAUCAGCUGGCACAACAUCGACUACAUCGACAACACGGGCUGCAUCAACCUGAUCAGCAAGAAGCCCACAGCAAUGUUCCACCUACUGGACGAGGAGUGCAAUUUCCCCCAAGCCACCAACCAGACUCUGCUGGAUAAGUUCAAGCGGCAGCAUGAGGGGAACAGCUACAUCGAGUUCCCGGCCGUCAUGGAGCCCGCCUUCAUCAUCCGACACUAUGCUGGCAAGGUCAAGUACGGUGUCAAGGACUUCAGGGAGAAGAACACCGACCACAUGCGGCCAGACAUUGUAGCUUUACUGAAGAGCAGUAAGAGCGCCUUCAUCUGCGGGCUGAUGGGAAUCGACCCGUCGGCCACUUUCCGCUGGGCAGUGCUCCGAUCCUACUUCAGGGCCCUGGUCGCUUUCAGAGAGGCUGGAAAGAGGCACACGCAGAAGAAGACUGGGCAUGAUGACGCUGCUCCCUGUGCAGUUUUGAAAAGUGUGGAUAGUUUUAGCUUUCUGCAGCACCCUGUGCAUCAGAGAAGCUUAGAGAUCCUGCAGAGAUGCAAAGAGGAGAAGUACACUCCAGAUGAGAGUGAAAGUGUUGUUCAAAGUGAUGACACUGAAAACGGUGUAUCCAGAAAGAGUGCGCGCACGCCGCUGUCGGACCUUCAGGGCAGCAACACUAUCAAUGAGAAAUCUCCACGGAGUUCUCCGGGCCUUGGCUGGAACGGACGUUUGGGUCGACAGAGUCGCUUGUCAUCCAGCAGCUCCGCCACAGAGGAAGACGGCAUCUUCGUCAACUCUGCCAGCAGUAAACUCCUGGAGAGAGCGCACGACAUCCUGAUGAGGAACAAAAACUACAAAUCUAAGCCAGUUCUCCCAAAGCAUUUACUCAACGUCAAGUCUCUAAAGUACCUCAGCAACCUGACGCUUCACGACCGCAUCACCAAGUCCCUGCUUCACCUCCACAAGAAGAAGAAACCACCCAGUAUCAGCGCACAGUUCCAGGCCUCCCUCAAUAAGCUAAUGGAGACUCUGGGUCAGUCAGAGCCUUAUUUUGUCAAGUGCAUCCGUUCCAAUGCUGAGAAGCUGCCCUUAAGGUUUAAUGAUAACCUGGUGCUGAGGCAGCUGCGUUACACAGGUAUGCUGGAGACUGUGCGCAUCCGGCAGUCGGGCUACAACAUCAAGUACAGCUUCAAGGAUUUUGUGCAUCACUUCUGUGUGCUGCUCCCAGAGGGCACGAGUGCCACCAGAGAGGGCAUCCAGCAGUGUCUGGACCAGCUGGACCUGGUGCCAGAUGGGUACCAAGUGGGAAAGACAAUGGUGUUCCUGCGGGAGGCUGAGCGUCAGCGGCUGCAGGCCUUACUCCACACUGAAGUCCUGAGACGCAUCAUCACGCUGCAGCGGCGCUUCAGAGCUCAGCUGGAGAGGAAACAGUUUGUCAGGAUGAAAGAAGCGGCGGUCCGCAUCCAGAAAUGGUGGCGUUUGUAUCGACCUGUAGAGGAGGAGGAGGAUUAUGACCCUUCGGUCCAGGAGGGGGCAGCUGUGUGUCUGCAGGCUCACUGGCGAGGUUACAGGGAGCGUCAGAAGUUCAGACUGUGGAGGGAAGCUGCUCUGGUGCUGCAAAGGGCAUGGAGGAUGUGGCUGUACCGGCGCUGCACAGCAGCUCUGGUUAUCCAGACGGCCUGGCGCUGUCAUCAAGCCCGAGAAACCUACCUGCGUCUGUAUGCUGCUGUGAAACAUCUACAGAGAAUAAGCAGAGGCUUCCUCACCAGGCAGAGCUUCAAAAACCUGAGAGAAGAGAGACUGAGGGAGAGGAAGGAGCAGCAGGAGAAGCUGCUUCAGUUGCAGAACGGACAGGUGAAUGUGUCACCGGAGGAAGAAGGGGCGUCACCUGAGACCAUCAUGGGGUUGGACCUCAGCACGUGGGAGGAUCGGUCCUGCGAGCAACGAGAAAGGAGCCUCCAAAUCCUCAGCAGCCAUGACGGAGCAGUUAAGGAGGAAGAAGAAGGAAGAAAACAUGCUGGGACGACAGAGAGCCCCUCUAAAGCUCACAGUGAACCUGCGACCUCAAUCCCAACAUCCACUGUGGUGGUACGAGAGAGGUCGAGAACUUUAGAUGAGCCCAGCCAGAAAACCACUCGGGCCAAGAGAGAGAGCCGGCGGAUGAGAGAGCUGGAGCAGGCCAAGUUCAGCCUGGAGCUCCUCAAAGUUCGUGCGACCACCGGCGGAGCCUCGUCCCCCUCUGAGGAGCGGCGCUGGUCUGUCGAGCUGGUGCCUCCAACAACGCCACCUCUCCGUUCACCUCAGGGCACGCCCGACAGCCAGAGCUCCAAGGGCAGCUUUGAGCUUCUCACCAUGGACGAGGAGGCACCCAAGGCUGUGGAGGAGGUGACGGAUAGUGAGGACACCUGCUCCCCUCCUCCUCCUCCAGUAGAGCCUGAUGUGGAGGUUGUUUCAACAGGCACACAGCCAGUUGACCCACACAGGACAGGAGUUUCUGAUGCUGUCACUCAACCAGGCAGCCAGAUCAAAACGGACCUGGCAGCCUCCUCUGCUCCCACACAUCCGCCCAAAAUCGAGAACUACCUCCCGACUUUUUACGUCCCUGCUAGCGAGGGAAGCACAGCCAUCUCCGGUCGUCCUUCAGAAGAGCCUCAACAAAGUGCAGAGGCAGCCGUCUCUACGACCACCAUUGUUACCAAGCCCAUCAAAGAGAGGCGAGAGUCAACGCGUCGUCCUGUGGUGGUGGUCAUCAGCAUGCAGAAGGAAACACCACUAAGUGAAGAGCUGAGCGACAUCGUCCGUCCCCCUGUGGAGGUUCGAGAUUCUGCAGCCCAGACAGGGGAGGUGACACCAUCGCCACAGAAGCCAGAACCAGCUCCUGCACCUCAAGGUCCGGUCCCCAUCUCUACCUCUGUCCCUCAGGCUGACCCGGCCAUCAUAGAGAAGCUGGUGCGACUGAAUGAGGAGAAAGAGGAGAGGCAGCGCAAUCAGCAGCAGCAGAAUGAAAAGGAGAUGAUGGAGCAGAUCAGACAGCAGAAGGAGGUUCUGGAGCGGCAGCGUCUGUUCUUCGCUCAGUACGAGAGAGAAAUGUUUGAGAAACAAAGGGGCGAAGCUCUACAGAGGAUACAGCAGAUUCGACAGGGACAAGAUGUUGGUGCAACUGCAACCUCCGGGAAGCCCCUGAGACCCAGCUCCCUGCUCAUCGAGAGACCGGCGGGGCUGGUUCCUCAUGCCAGAACAAAGUCCGACUCCACUCCCCCGCCAGUGCACUCUCCUCCUGGCCGAGCCCCUCAGCCCCAGCUGCCUCCUCCACCUGCCACCGCUCCCAGGGAGAGACGCAGGAUUGCCGCAGAGGGUUGGGCUCCCAAACUGACGCUGGAGUCCAAAGACGGAGGAACCAGAGUCAGAAUAGCUGCCAAGAAGCCUGCCAGUAACCAGGUCACCACAGUUAGCAUGGCGGACAAGCCCGGCAACAUCUUCUUCUCUCCCAAGGACAAAGUCACAUUUGCAAAGUUUGACGGAGACAUUGUCCCAAAAGAAACUCCUGCAGCUGUUCCCAGAGAAGCAGCCACACCGGCCUCUAAGCCUGCUAAAGCAACAAAAGGGCGAGAGGUUGGCAGAGCGGGCCAAAAAAAGAAAGCCAGAAUGGCUCGGACCCGCUCCGACUUCCUGACCCGCGCCCCCGUCCUCUCGGUGGGGGGCGAUUCAGACGAGGAUGACUAUGACGGCGACAGACCGCUCAGCCCCCUCAGCCCCCGUCAUUACACCCUGCCCCUCUCCAAACAGAGCUCCGCGGAGGCCAGCUUAGGAGAGUCCUGUCUCAGUGACUCAGACAUGCCUGUGAAUCCUGACGAGCCAAAGAAGAUUCACAAAGCCAUGUCGUCAGGAGAUUUGGGCAAAGUGGACUCGAUGCGCAAGAACUCACAGGAUGGAAGGGUUCGUAAGAUGCGUUUCUGGGGCAAGAACAAGUACGGAGACAAGAAGACAUCCCGAGACAAGAUGAUAUGUGGGUCAGACUCCCUGGAUGGAGACUAUGGAGACACCGGGCCUUUACUGGGAGAGGCAGGGCAGGAGAACAUGUCACCACCCUGCAGUCCUGAUCUGAUGUUGGAUCGUAGCCUCAGAGACCUGAAGGAGAACAAGGAGCCGUCUCCCAAGGUGAAGCGAAGGCGCAGUGUUAAGAUCACCAGCGUGGCUCUGGAACCUGCCCAGUGGCAGAACGACGCGCUGCAGAUCCUCACCUGCACCAACGACUACAGGAGCAUGAACGACUUCCUCAUGAAGAAGAUCAGCGACUUGGACACAGAGGACAGUAAGAAGGACACCAUGGUGGACGUCGUGUUUAAAAAGGCUUUGAAGGAGUUCCGUCUGAACAUCUUCAACUCAUAUUCCACAGCGCUCGCGAUGGACGACGGUAAGAGUAUCCGCUACAAAGACCUGUACGCUCUCUUCGAGCACAUCUUGGAGAAGACCAUGCGGCAGGAGCAGAGGGACUGGAGAGAGUCUCCCGUCACCGUGUGGGUCAACACCUUCAAAGUCUUCCUGGAUGAGUUCAUGACUGAGUACAAACCUCUGGACAGCACACUCAGCAAGCAGGUUCCGAAACCUGAGCGCAAGAAACGGAGGAAAAAGGACACCGACAUUGUGGAGGAGCAUAACGGACACAUCUUCAAGUCGACCCAGUACAGCAUCCCCACGUACUGUGAAUUCUGCUCCUCGCUCAUCUGGAUGAUGGACCGAGCCUGUGUGUGCAAAUUGUGCCGGUACGCCUGCCACAGAAAGUGCUGCCAGAAGACGACCACCAAAUGCAGCAAGAAGUUCGAUCCGGAGCUUUCCUCCAGACAGUUCGGAGUGGAAGUGUCUCGUCUGACUAACGACGAGAGGACGGUGCCUCUGGUGGUGGAGAAGCUGAUCAACUACAUCGAGAUGCACGGCCUCUACACUGAAGGAAUAUACAGGAAGUCUGGCUCCACCAAUAAAAUCAAGGAACUCAAGCAGGGACUCGACACAGAUGUUGACAGCAUGAAUCUGGACGACUACAACAUUCAUGUUAUUGCGAGUGUUUUCAAGCAGUGGCUGAGAGAUCUGCCCAAUCCUCUGAUGACGUUUGAGCUGUACGAGGAGUUUAUACGUGCCAUGGGUUUGCAGGAUAAAAAGGAAAUGAUCAGAGGGGUGUACUCGGUUAUUGACCAGCUGAGCAGAACUCACCUAAACACCCUGGAACGCCUCAUAUUUCAUCUUGUCAGGAUCGCCUUGCAAGAGGAGACAAACCGUAUGUCCGCGAAUGCCUUGGCCAUAGUGUUUGCUCCCUGUAUCCUGCGCUGUCCGGACACCAUCGAUCCACUGCAGAGUGUCCAGGACAUCGGCAAGACGACAGCGUGUGUUGAAGUGAUCAUUUGUGAACAGAUGAAUAAGUACAAAGUUCGACUAAAGGACAUCAGCAGCCUGGAGUUUGCAGAGAAUAAAGCCAAGUGUAGACUGACCCUCAUCCGACGGUCAAUGCAGCCAAAUGCCGCUAAAAAGGGAAAAGGUCACAUACAGCGACUCAGCUACCACACGCCUUCGCCUCCAGUCAGUCCGCGGCUGCCAUCUGUGGCUGAUGCUGUGAUUGAAGAGAGCGGCGAUGAAGAGAGAGCCGACUCGUUCGCCGAAAUCUCCGAGCAUCAGCAGGCGGCCAUGCAGCAGGAAGAGAGAGUGCUGACGGAGCAGAUCGAGAGCCUGCAGAAAGAGAAAGAGGAGUUGACUUUUGAGAUGCUGACUUUGGAGCCACGAGCAUCAGAUGAUGAGACCCUCGAGUCCGAGGCCUCUAUCGGUACCGCUGACAGCUCUGAAAACCUUAACGUUGACUCUGAGGGAACCAUUUCGGACUUCUCUGAGAAAGGUCCAGUGUUGACGUCCCCCUGGCCUCGGAGAUCGGACAUGAAAAGCCCCCGACGCCACGCUCUCCGCCGGCAGCCUGAGUCCCUGGACUCAGUGGACUCUGUGUCCAGUGUUUCUUCCUACUCCUCCUCAUCACACUUCCACCCGUCAUCCUCUUCUUCCUCUACCAACACCCGUCGCUUUCGUUUCCACGGCAAGUCCACAGGCUCAGGUUCAUCCCAGGCUCAGUCCCUAAAUUCAUCUCAAGCCUCCCGAUCCGAGAGCAUCGACAGCAGCCCGACAGGAGAUGUCGAAGGCGCAUAUGACGAGAGGCCCCAGUUUACAAGCCGAGGGACCUUCAAUCCAGAGAGGGGCAAACAGAAACUUAAGGGGGCCAAGCCUUCAACCUUGAGGCACUCCAGAGAAGGCGAUGGCCCCGGCAGGGACCCUCCAGACCUACAACAGCAGGUGGUGUUGUAUGGUAGUAAUGAAUUCAUGGUAUGAAGGACACUGGGACAAAGCACUCCCUAUUCCACUCCCUGGCAGGUAUACACCUUCUCAAACGGAGGUAACGCGAUGGCGACUGAUCUUCACUUCUCAAAGCACUCUUGCUUCGCCUUUCUUUGUUAAAGUCUGCAAAGUGUCCCCAAGUGCCGUGUACAGUGUUUCCACCCCCGGAUGGACAGGGGGAACGUUUGGCAGAGGGACAGGAAUCAGUGGGACUCCUCCUCUGUGGACGAGACUGCCACCCAUGCUCUCACAGUGCCUUGGCAGCUCUUUACUCAGCGCCAAGAGGAGACGUACUGAGCAGGAGGACAGAGAUAAAGGGAAUGUUGGAAUAUGCGGAAGACCACGUAGUAUCAGGGAAUGUUACAGAGCUGGAGAGCUGAAGCAGUGUACUACAGUAAAUACGAAGAAAUCAGGCAACAUCAGGCGUCACGGAUGUUACAGUGAACUUGACGCUCACGAUUAUUAGCUGCUUUAUGAGUUUACAGUUCAUAACAAUCAGUGUAAGCAGUUGUUGCUCUGUUAUUACAAAUUUAUUUUCCCUUAUUUAAUAAAUUUUAAUGUCACAGAAAUUCUUUAUAGCAUAUAAUAUACUGGUAUAAAUACUGUACAAAGCCGGAACACCAGCCUCUGCUGGGUAGUUGAAGUCAAUAUUUAUCUUUUGUUUUUGAGUAUCUUGGUCAGAGAUGUACGGAUAUGGGCCGUGGAUGAUUUAUGUGUGUGUGCGUAUGUGUGGCCGCGUGCCGAGUGCUCAUGCGUGACUGUGUGUAUGUGUGAGAAAGAGAAAACCACUUCAUGUGUUUGUGCUGCUUUUCCCCCCUCAUAAGGGGAAUACCGCCAUCAAAGGGACCAAGUUCAGCUGGUGUGUGUUCCAGCCCCGGAGAUCCCAGCUCUGUAAAGAAUGUUGGACAGGUAUAAAAAUCCCUGCAUUCACUGCUUAACAGCCAUACAACAAUUGUGAUGUACAGUACAGUUCAUAUGUACAGUAUAGUGGACAAAUGCCAUUCUAUUCUUGAAAUCUAUUGUUACCCAACCCCACCUCCUGUCUCUAAAGUGUUUGCUCAACAGCAACCAAACAAGAACAUAAAAUCA